AUGCGGCUGCCUAGCAGCAGCGGGCUGCUGGCGCUGACCUCUCUGGCAGCUCUGCUGCUGACCAGUGGUCCACCUCUCCCGUGUCUGUUUGCUGCUGCGAAGCGCCAGGGGGCCUCCCAGCUGGCCUCCUCUCUGUCCCCGCUGUCUGCUGCAGAGCUCUCCCUCCGCAGCAGCAGCAGCAGCAGCAGCAGCAGCGGGCCGGAGGAGGCGGCUGCAGCAGAGGACGAAGAGGCCGUGCUGCAGUCGGAAGAAGCCUGCGAAGGACAGGCAGCAGUUGCUGAAGUGCUGCAGCAGGAACUGGAAAGUUUAAAACAUCCUUCUUCUCCUUGGGUGCAGCUUUUGUCGAAGUUGACAGACGCAAAAGACAACAAACAAGUUUGCAUGCAUGCAGAGGCGCCGCCGGCGCUGUGCGAGCUGCCAGCAGCAGCAGCAGCAGCAGCAGCAGGGGGCCCCCAGCUCAGCUGCGGGGGCCCUCAGUACCAGAAACUUAUUGGGUCUUUUGUGGAAGCAAAAAACUGCAUUUUGUCUUUGGCAGUGACGCAGACUUUGCUGCAGAACUGGCAGGGCCACGUGGGGGCCCCCGGGAUUCUAAAUUUGCUGCUGCAGCAGUACGCAGCAGCGCAGCAGCAGCAGCAGGUGGACGCGGAGCUGGCUGCAGCGUACGCCGCUGCUGCUGCGCUGCUGCAGGAGGUGCAGCAGAGCGCAGCAGAUGCUGCUGCUGCUUUCCACUCGCUAGACAUUAAAGCUGUGCUGCUGAAAAGAAGAAGACAAUUGGUUUCUCUUUUUUGCGCUUUGGGCUGGGGAAAAGAAGAAGAAGAAAGUGCUGCUACUGCUGCUGCUGCUGCUCUCAGCAGCAACGUUUUUGCUGCUGGCAGCGUCGUUGUGCUGCGGGGGGACUUCGAAGAAAGUGAAAAUGAAGCUGUUGCUGCUUUUGCUGCUGCAGUGGAGGCCUUUGGGGUGUACGUACAGCGCCUGCUGCAGCAGGACGGCUUCCUCGACAGAGCAGCAGCAAUUCAUCAGCAGCUGCAGCAAAUCAGACUUUCAAAACUUAAUUCUAUUUUCUCUCAGUUGGAAGCAAAAGCAACAGACGGAGAAGACCAAAUGGCCCUGCUUAACCUCAUGCCUUCCGGCAGGAGGCGCCACAGGAGGCGCAGCAGCAGCAGCAGCAGCAGCAGCAGCAGCAGCAGCAGCGGCGGCGCCGCACACGCUGCAGGGGAACAGCCCGAAACGGUCUUCCUGCAGACGCAGGGCGCGCUGCUGCAGCAGCAAAACGAAGCUCCUGCUGCGCUCCCAGCAGCAGCUGCUGUCCUCGGUGCUGCGCCUGCUGCAGCAGCAGCACCAUCAGCAGCAACUGCUGCAGCAGCCCCGCAGACGCUGCCAGCAUCAACUCCUGCUGCAGCAACGAACGCAGCAACAGCAGCCUACCUGACUGCUCCUGCAGUGCAGCCGCAGCCGCAGCCGCAGCAGCAGCUGCUGCUGCAGCCGCAACAGCCGCAGCUGCAGCAGCCGCAGCUGCAGCAACCGCAGGCUGCCACUGCCGUCCCAGCUCAAGCAGCAGCAGUUGCUCCUGUUGCUGCUGUUGCUCCCGUUGCUGUUGCUGCUCCUGCGGCUCCUGCCACCGUCCCGGUUGCUGCUGCUGCUCCUCCUGCUGCUGCUCCUGUUCCUGCUGCUGUUGCUCCUCCUGCAGCGCCAGCAGCACCGCCAGCUGUCGAGACACCCCAGACAGCAGCAGCAGCAGCACCAACCGUUUUCAGUGGGGGCCCAGACGCAGCAGCAACUCCAGCAGCAGCAGCAGCAGCAGCAGCCCCAGAAGCCGCACCAGCAGCAGCACCAACGAGCGCUGCUGCUGCGCCUUCUGCUCCUAAGCAGCAGCAAGGCGCCCCCCCCUCCUCCGCUGCAGCAGCCCCAGCAGCAGCAGCAGUAACAGCAGCAGCAGCAGCAGUGCCCAUUCGCGAACGCCUAGAAACUAUGGCCAGAUCUUUGAGACUUUUUGCUGUUGAUGAAAAUAACGAACUCACUUUUACUGCUGAUCUUGCGGGUUUGGAAAAAGCCAUUAAAGCAGGAUACACGGAUAUAACGGACAAAGUGUACGUGGGUUGGCUGCAGUUUUUGCCGCAAGCUUUUGUUGUUUCUUCCUUUAAGUUUUUGACUCUCUUGCUGCCAAACCCUCGCGUUGACUUCGCCGAAUUUUAUAAUGCCACUAUGGCUGAAGACGGCACUGUUACUGAGGGUUUCAACGGAGAGCUGUGGUUCGCGCUGCUGUACAACGCGGCCAAGGGCAGCAAGGCUUCUUCUUUGACGGACUUCGGGGGCCACCGUGAGUUCCGGGGCCCCCGCGGCCUGCUGCCCCGCGGGGGGCCCCCCGGGGGGCCCCCCGGGCUUCAAGAAAGCCCCAGCGCAUGCAAAGCCAGGGAGUUCUAUGAAGAGUCUGGAGAGCUGUGGGGCCUGGGGCGCCUCACCAGCCCCCCACUGCUGCCAGUGCCCACAGACGCAGCAGCAGCAGCAGCAGCAGCGCAGGCGUCCAGAAAAGGUAAAAAGAAGAAACGCAAUGACCAGCAGCAGCAGCAGCAGCAGGACUUGGCGUCUGUUAUGUCUCGUCUUUCUUUGGGAAAUGAAGAAACCCCUUCGAACUGCUCACAAGGCAAAGACCUUCUAGAGCUAGUCCUCGACGAGUGCACAGAAGUGGGUUGCGCGAGCCGAAGCCGGUACUUGUGCCACUUUUGUUUAAUUCCCUUUUUGCCUCCUUCUUUGUUUUGCAAUUUAAAAGGAGAAGAAGAAAAAGAACUUUUCAGAAACAGAAAGUUCCACCUCCUUGAUCUUUCCCCCUUCCAGCUGUACAGACAUCCCAACCCAACAGCAGCAGCAGCAGCAGCAGCAGCAGCGGAACCUGCAGCAGCAGCAGCAACAGCAGAACCAGCAGAAGCAGAGCCAGCAGCAGCAGCAGAACCUGCAGCAGCAUUAGCAGCAGAACCUGCAGCAGCAGCGGCAGCAGAACCUGCAGCAGCAGCAGCAGAACCAGCAGCAGCAGCAGCAGCAGGCUGCUGUUGGCGGGAGUUUGCGCCUCUGCACAUUCGGCUUUGUUCUGCAGACCACUUUUCCAUUUUGAAAAAAUUGUUUGAAGACAAAAAAGAAAAAAAGGAAAUUAAAAGUUUUGUUGAAAUCAAAAGUUUUGAAGUUAAAAGUCUUAAUGACAAAAAACCAAAACCUGCAGAUACACCCAAAGCCGCUAUCCGAAACAGGGUUCAAUAUACGGUGUACAGACACCCCGUCGAAUCUGCAGCAGCAGCAGCAGCAGCAGCAGUGCCGCCAGCAGCAGCAGCAGCAGCUGCUGCUGGUGCAGCGGCUGCAGCAGCAGCAGAAGCAGCACGGGGAACAACUGCAGCAGCACCACCGGUAACAGCAGCAGCACCAGCAGCAGCAGCACCUGCAGCAGCAGCAGCACCUGGAGGAGCAGCAGCAGCAGAAGCAAGAGCAGCAGCAGCAAAGCGGUCUCCGCUUCUAGCAUCUUUGCUGCCUUCCACUUUUGAAAUUUUGGUGGAUAAAGAUCUUUUGAAGAACUUCCUGAGGAGACACACAGAGGGGCUGCUGCAGCGCUGCGCUGCGCCAAAAAGCAGCAGCAGCAGCAGCAGCGGCAGCAGCAGCAGCAGCAGCAGCGGUGCAAGUGGGGGCCUGGGGGCAGAAAGGAAAGAAAGUUUUAAAGGAGAGAAAAUUGCUUUGGAGGCCCUGAGGGCCGACGCGUUGUGGCAGCGCAGCAAACGCAUUUUGCUGGUUGGCGACUUUGGAUCUAGUUUGAAGGAAAGAGAGAAAGAAAAAGAAAUAAUUGAAUUGAAAAGAAAAGAAAAUGAAAAAGAAUUUAAGUCGUUUUUGAAUGGCGACGCAUGCGAGGCUGACGCCGUCAAAGACCGACCAAUUGACUUGGUGGUCUUGACUGCCGCCUGCGUCAGCCCCUACGGAAUUGUAGUUGAAGAGGAUGAAGAGACCGCCGCUGCGCUGCAGCAGCUGAUGGAGACUGUUUCCUUGGAAACGCCGCCGCCCGUCGCCGUGGUGGCCCACGACCUGCAGAUCAUCCACGACCUCAAAGCAGCAGGACCCAAACAGCAGCAGCAGCACCUGCAGCAACUGCAGCAACAGCUGCAGCAGCAGCCGCAGCAACAGCAGCAGCGUGAGAAGCAGCAGCCGCAGCAGCUGCAGCAACAGCUGCAGCGUGAGCAGCAGCAGCAGCAGCCGCAGACAAUCGCUGCCGAUUUGCUGCAGCAGCUAACUGCGUUGUCGCAGCUGCUGCAGCAAGAGCUAGAGAGCAGCAGCAGCAUAGUUGCUGCUGCAGCAAGUUACCCAAGUGCUCAGCUGCAGCUGAUCUGCACUCCAACCAAAACUUUGAUUUGCGAAUUAAUCAACAAAUAA